AUGCAACACACUCCUAUUAUUCCUUGUUCAUUAAAAGAAGUUCAUACAGCAAAUUGUGGUUUUAUAUCUCUCAUUGGUAUAGUUAAACUUAAUGUUCAAAUUCAACAUAUUCAUACUCAAGUAGAUGCAUAUGUUACACAUGAUCUUAUUUGUCCUAUGAUUUUAGGUCGUGAUUGGAUUCAAAACAAUUAUGUUAACAUUAAUUUUUAUACCAAUCGUAUUUAUCUCUUUAAUGGUCUUGCUUCAACUGCUUU